AUGGGUAUCCGCUUGCCUGAGAUCGUUGUUUAUGCCAAACAAGUCGUUCGAGGGCGAUGGUCGACUCACCUUCUGAUCAGUAGACACCAAUCGUCCUUACCUCCGGUGACAACCACACAGCAUGUCCCCAAGGGCCACUUCGCAGUUUAUGUUGGAGAUAAUAACCAGACCAAGAGGUUCGUGGUUUCCAUUUCUUACCUGAAGCACCCAUUGUUUCAGGACUUGUUGAGCCAGGCUGAGGAAGAAUUUGGGUUCGAUAAUCCAAUGGGUCUUCUCACAAUUCCAUGCAACGAAGAUGCUUUCAUCAGUCUCAUUACUCGCCUGACAGGAAACUGA